AUGGCCUCGUCCUCCGACACAGGCGCUCUCCAACGCCUCGAGACGGCCGUCACAUCCACCCAGGCACUCUGCCAGCAGCUCGCCACCUCCCUUGACGCCAUCUACAAAGACCCCUCCACGCCUCUGCCCGCCGACACCACCGACUCCAAGAUCAUCCCCCUCGGCCUCGCCCGCGACGCCGCGACGCUCGUGCGCGCGCACGCAACCAAGCUGUCCCUCCUCCUCAUCAACGAGCCCUUUUCGGCGUCCGCCAUUGCCGACGUGCUGAAGCAGCUGCUGUCCGGCCCCGUGCUGGGCGUCGCCUCGGCCGCGCAGGCGUGCGACCCGGCGCGCUACACGGCCUUCUUCCGCAAGGAGCUGGCGUGGCGCUCGCGGCGCGUGCUGCUCACGCUCGGCGAGCUCCUCGGCAAGAUCCCCAAGGACGGCAAGCCCCUGUCGGGCGUGAAGAAGAGCGGCGUCGGCGCCGACGACAAGGGCAGUCUGCCCUCGACGGGCAUCUUGUGGUCUGCGUGUGACGAGGUGGUGGCGCUCGUCGGCGGAGGCGUCGGCGGCUACUUUGUCAAGAGAGUCGAGGAGUGGAGAGAUACCCUAAUAGACGUCAUGGAGGAGCUCAAGGACUGGGGAGAUGAGGAGCCUGACGACGAUGAUGAUAAUGAUGAUGAUUCAGCACACGAAGCCGACGCCGACAAUGCACAAAACGGCUCAACUUCCGCGCAGGACUUUCUCGACGACUUGAUGGGCUCCGGGCAAACCAUCCCCCGCGACGACCCCAAGGCCAUCCGUCCACGCCUCGAGUCAACCCUCCGCCGCGUGCGCCUCGUCGUGCUCCUCUACCAAGCCAUCACCAAGCGCCGCCUCAAGAAGCUGCCGCCUCUUCCGCCACCGGCCGCGGACAGCACCAGCAUGCCUCAGCGGCUGGACGAGGCCGCCCGCGUGCUGGGCGCCCUGCCGGACGCCUUUGGCGACCUGGCCGCGGCCUUCUACGACAUGGAGCCGGCCGCCAUCGACCGCGCCGCCGACGACUGCUUCUUCAACGCGUUUGCGGCCGGCGAGCUGCUCAGUGCCCCGUGGGAUGGUAGUGCCGACGAGUUCUCCGAGUGGACGGAAAAGUUCAAGACGGAAAUUAAAAAGAGCUAA